CCGCGAGCCCGCCCGGCCCCCCGGCGAAAAAAAACAGUGAAAACCCGAAGGUACUGUGAUGUUGUCAACGUUAUUAUCCACCAAAAUAACGCGUUUAUCGCAUUAUCCCGGAAUUCAAAAGAUUGCAUAAGUUUUCGGGUCACAUUGAUGACAUAAGCGUAACCCCGCGAACGACUUUUAAGUCACGAAAAUCGAGGUUUCAUUUAUCGGAAGAAUUUAAUCAGCCACUGGUGAUACAUUAUUGGUUAUGUUUACGCGUCAGUUGUGUGUGGAACGAUUGAGAAAUUACAAUCGAUAUUGUUUUGAUACCGACACAAGCCGGAAAUAACAUCUGCACAAAAAACUCGAGUCGCAAAAGUAGUUUUUGUUUCUCAUCAAAAUGAGUACGGUUGAAAAUCCAAAAUCUAAUCGACUGAGCGGCAUGAUUGUUCAGCGCUCGGCAGUUGUGUUAUUCGUCGCUUUAUCAUCGUUGUUAUUUAUUUAUCUGAAUCAAGUGCAACCGAAUUAUUACAUCGACGAGGCAUUUCACAUACCGCAAGUGCAAAAGUACUGUAAUGGUACAUUUUUUGAGUGGGAUAAAAAGAUAACAACUCCACCAGGUCUCUACGUCCUCUCAACUGUCCUCUUAGCCCCAAUAAAGCAAUGUACAACCCUGUUCCUACGAUCCAUCAACUUGAUAUUGACAUUUUCAAAUUUGUAUCUGACGUACAAAAUAUUGAGUACAAAAAAAUGGGCCCGGAGGGAGGAGAACGCAUUGAAAAAAUUCGGAGUUGCCUUCGCAGUGACAAUAUUCCCUCCACUCUUCUUCUGGUUUUUCUUGUACUACACUGAUGUGUUAUCGAUAAACUUGAUACUGCUGACGUUUCUCUUGCAUCAGAGGGAGCAUUACAACGCCUCGGCUUAUGUAGGUGGCUGUUCAGUGUUUGUGAGGCAGACCAACAUAGUAUGGGUAAUUUUAUUAGCUGGUGAGCGUGUUUUAACGCUGAUUGAAGCACAAACACCACGAAGUAUCGAGACACUGGUGAAUAGAGGGCUUCAUACGACUCCAAUGCACGCAAAACUACUCUGGAAUAACGUUGUCCAUCACAUCAGACGUGGGAAGCUUCCAUUCAUGAAAUUCAUCGGAGAGAUGUGUUCAAACGUGCGUGGCCACAUAAAAGUACUGAUAACAUUCUUAGCAUUCGUAAUCAUAAACAAAGGAAUUGUCCUGGGUGAUCGUAAUGCCCACGUUGCGACAAUUCACGUGCCUCAACUCUUUUACUUCACCGUAUUCUUCUCUGUCUUCGCCUGGCCCUACGUCUUACCUCAGUGGAGAUCAUUCCUCCAGUUUGUUCGUAAACAUUGGAUCAUCACGAGUGUAUUAUUAGCAUUAUUCACGACUAUCGUGCACAAUAAUACCCUCGUGCAUCCUUAUUUACUCGCUGACAAUAGACACUACGUUUUUUACGUCUGGAACAAAAUAAUGGGACGCUAUUACCUGGCGAAGUAUCUCCUAGUGCCAAUUUAUGGUUUUUCGAUUUACGGUCUUUUGGCUUGUCUGCAAGAUUUGAGAUACCUCUCAAAGGUCCUCUACAUCGUCAGCAUCUCCGUCAUUCUGGUCCCCCAGUUAUUACUCGAGCCACGUUAUUUUGUCAUUCCUUACGUUCUAUUGCGCCUCAACAUGACUGAACCAAAGCCUUGGCAAUUGUUCAUGGAGUUGAUUACUACUGCUCUCAUAAACUUCCUCCAAUUUUAUAUUUUCGUGACUAAGAGCUUCUACUGGACAGACCAAGAAGGUCCACAGAGAAUAUCAUGGUAAUUUUUAAUCAUGACUUUGUUUUUCGCACUGGCAAAUGCCAAACUGCGUACGUAUACAGGUUCAUUUCGAAUGAAUAGGUUCACAGAUGACAAUGAAUUCAAAGAUGAGUAUAUAUUCUGUAUGUAAUCAAUUUUUUUAUCUACGACUGAAGAGUGAUAUUGUAACUAGGAAUAAAUGUGGAGAUAAUAUUAAAUUAAUGAGAUCCGUUGUCCAUUACAACUAAGCGAGAUCUUAUAUUUCAAUAUUUUACAUUUUACAAAGAAGAAGUCUUAAGUGUAGUAAUCACUUCUGGAUUUUUAUUCACUAUUAUUGAGUAUGCCGUAUAAAUAAGUAGCCUCACAGCUCUUCUCUUCAUUUCAUUUCGUAUUAUACAAAUAUAAUACAUGUUUCCUGAUUUUUUUUGUCUCUGUUCAUUCUCGUCGAUGCAAUAAGGUAAAAUUAUUGACAAUAAAACUUGACAAUUAUACGAGCAUUAUCUUCAUCGACAUUUUUCAUCUCAAUGUAAAAAUUACAAUAAAUAAGUUGACAAUGUACAUGUGGUAAA